AUGUCAAAACCUAAUAGGAGGAAAGAAAUAAAACAAAAAGAGGAACUACAGGCUAGAUUCCAAUUUUCAUUAGCUCAAACCAAUAAACUUGCUUUGAAUUGGUUAAAACCAUUACAAGAUCAAUCAACCAAGGAUGCCACACCUGACAGUGAAUCCGAAUCAUCAUUUUAUGAUAUGUGUAUCAUACCCCAAGGUUCUGGAUUACUGGCACUUGAGAGAAAGGAUGUAUCCAAAAUAGGAGACUUUAUAAAUUCCAAUGAUUUGAAGAAAUCAAACCUUCAAGAAUCUGAGAAUAUUAAGAAAUCAAGAACAACAACCUCAAAACCAAUGCUUGCAUUAAUGAAUAAAAUGAGAGAUGGACAACGAAGCAAUAUAAAGAAAAAUUAUGAACAUCAGCGACAACAACAACGACAGAAGCCCCAAUAUCAACAAAUACAGAAAUCACAAACCGUGACGAAACCAUCUCCUAACGAUCAGGAUUCGGAUUCUGAUGAGGAAGAUAGAGAAUUAUUAAAAUCAAGGUCGGUAAAGAAAGGUGCAAAUAUCAUGUUUGGCGGGAAGCUAAAGGGUAAGAAAGGAGGAAGGCCGUUUUAG